AUGGAUGGCGCGGUGGCAGCGGACUGCGACGAGGAGCGACAACGUCGUGAGGAGGACGUCGUCUGGGCCAAAUCCGGCUGUUUGCUGAGGCGCGUGAAGAGAGGAAAGCUACAACCUCCGAAUCUAGUCGCUAUAAAGGAAGGCAAAUAUGUGAACUACUACACCAACUACUUUUUCAGGUUUUUGCCGAACAGUUUGAAGUCUGUACCUGUGACAGAUAUCCUGGAUGUACGUACAGGGUAUAAUACUGAUAAUCUGCAUAAAGCAGCGAAGAAGUAUGAGUUUCAGGAAGCAGCACCGGAUUCGACAUGCUUCUCAGUGAUUUUCACACAUGCAAGGUUUCUACACAAGUCAGUGGAUUUCGCAGCGAACAGAAAAGAGGAUCGCGAUCGAUGGGUUUCUGCGCUCACUUACCUGAUUUCACAAGUCAAAGAGCAAAGCGCCCAUUUUAACGAAAGGGCAUGGAUUUUGCAGAAAUUUGUCGAAGCGGACCACAACGAGAACGGAACGCUGUCAUUCAAUGAAAUUUGGUCACUACUGAAGAAAAUGAAUCUUGAAAUAAGUGAGGAAUAUGCUAGAGUAAUGUUCAAGGAAGCAGAAAAAAAGUCUGGUGACGGAGUUCUAGAUAAGGACGAGUUUCUUAAAUUCUUCGACUGCUUGACUGAUCGUCCAGAAGUAAGGCAUUUGCUUCGAAUGGCGAGCAGUGAAGGCGUCGAAAGUUUGACAGUUUCCGAUCUGAAAAAGUUUCUCGUGGAGGAGCAAGAUUUCCAAGAUGUGGAUGUGAAUAAAGCAGAAUCAAUUCUGGAAACUUUCGAGCAAGUUGCACAAGAGGGGCAGCGGGAUAAACUUAUGGGUGUCAUUGGAAUGCGCCGUCUUCUUCAAUCACGAUGGGGAAAUAUUAUUAAACAAGGACAUGAAUCAAUUUGGCAAGAUAUGGAUCAUCCACUUCCACACUACUAUUGUAACUCCAGUCACAACACUUAUCUGGCUGGAUUGCAGUUAAGAGGAGAAGCGACUAUAGAAGGAUACAUCUAUGCCCUGAAAAAGGGAGCACGUCUUCUUGAGUGUAUAUUUAUGAAUGGUGAUUUAGUGGAUCUGUUUGAUGGUGAGCACGGUGAACCUGUUAUCACUCACAAACGUACUCUAAUUAAUCCGAUCACAUUAAGAAACGCUCUUGAAGCUAUCAAGGUAAAAUUUAAGCGUUUUGCUUUCGAGACUAGCCCGUACCCUGUCAUCCUUACGCUCGAAAAUCACGUUGGUCUUGUGCAACAGAGAGUGAUGGUGGACGUUUUUCAAGAGGUUCUUGGUGACAUGCUCUAUCUUCCGCAUCCGAAUUCGGCACAACAAUUAAUGCCAAGUCCAAAUCUGUUAAGGAAGAAAAUCUUAUUAAGGGGUAAGAAACUGGGCCACAAUGUUGGUAGUGUUGUGAACGAAGACGAUUCUGGAAAAGUAUGCAUUUUUGAUGUUUUAUAG